UAAAGCCAUAAUCCACUACUCCAAUAUUUCAAUGUUAUCCUUCUCUUAUUUAUAUGUAUUAUUGUCACCUUCUUUGUUUAUUGUUCUAGCCAGAAAAAAAAAAAAUGAAUCCCAAGGCCAUAUAUUUUCCAAGUUUCAUAGCAAUCAUUGCUGUUUUGGCAUCAACUCAUAUCUUGAAUCCUCCCCAAACGUACUUCAACUGCAUUCUUGAUCGCUUCUCUACAGCUUUAUCGUUCAGUAUUGUUACUCGUCAUCACCAUCAUGGUCAUCAUCGUCAUGACACUGACGAAGAUAAGGCAAAACAAUCACCCUGUGACAAAUUUUCACCCAAUUUCCCCACUAUAGACCCUAAUACUACGUCAAUUCUAUGUGUUGAUCGUAAUGGAUGUUGCAAUUUCACCACAGUGCAAGCUGCAGUUGAUUAUGUUGGGAAUUUUAGUACCAAAAGAAGCUUAAUAUGGUUAAACAAUGGCAUUUAUUUUGAAAAAGUAAUUAUUCCAAAAACAAAACCUAACAUCACAUUUCAAGGGCAAGGGUAUACGACCACAGCUAUCGUAUGGAAUGACACAGCCAAUUCUGCAAAUGGCACAUUUUACAGUGGCUCUGUCCAAGUUUUCUCCAACAACUUCAUUGCCAAGAAUAUAAGUUUCAUGAAUGUAGCUCCAAUGCCGAUGCCAGGGGCGGUAGGAGCACAAGCAGUGGCGAUUAGGAUAGCCGGAGAUGAGGCUGCCUUCUGGGGUUGUGGAUUUUUCGGAGCUCAGGAUACUCUACACGAUGAUAGGGGUCGUCAUUACUUCAAGGAUUGUUACAUUCAAGGUUCCAUCGACUUUAUUUUUGGCAAUGGAAAAGCACUUUACGAGAACUGCCAAUUGAUAUCAAUAGCAAGCCCAGUAGCCGCAGGAGUGAAAUCGAUAAAUGGUGCAGUAACAGCACAUGGAAGAGCUACCAAAGACGAAAAUAGUGGCUUUGUAUUCGUGAAUUGCACUUUGGGAGGCACUGGUCGGAUUUGGUUGGGGCGUGCAUGGAGGCCCUACUCUACCGUCGUCUUUGCUAACACUUUCAUGACAGAUAUCGUGGCUCCCGAAGGCUGGAACGACUUCAACGAUCCUUCAAGAGACCAGACAAUCUUCUAUGGGGAGUACAAUUGCACUGGAGCAGGAUCCAAUAUGGCACUGAGGGCACCAUAUGUGCAAAGACUAAAUGACACACAAGCUCUCCCCUUCCUCAACUCCUCUUUUAUUGAUGCUGAUUUGUGGCUCCAAUCUUUCUCCUCUUAGCAACUCUUCCUUCUCCUUCUUCGUACCUUUUCUUUCUAAUUAUAACUACAUGUAUGUGCACACGAUCACAUAAUAUUUUAGUAUUGAACAAGAUUGUUGUAAUAUUAUUUCGGAUUUGUCUUAAAUAGAAAUCCACUGACACUAUUAUAAAUGAACUUCUACUUAAUUAUCAGUGUUUUAAU